AUGCCUUGGGACGAUUGGCGCAAAGACUUCAACAAGAAGCUCGAUGACUUUGGAGAAGAUGCAAAGCAAAAGUAUCGCCAGCAGCGCGAAGCCAACGCCGGCGGUGGUUCCAGCGGCAGCAAGAUCGGACUGCAGGAUCGGAUGAACAUGUUGAAGGGAGAAAACCCACGAUGGAAUCGGGAUGUCGAGUCUCGAACGUCAGCGACCGCAGGACCGGGAACGGAGCACGCCUCAACCGUGGUUCCGGAGAGAAGCAGAGUACCUCCUGCGCCGCCUUCCGCGCUGAACAAAGGUCGACCACCACCUCCUCCCUCUCGUCACUCUGCAUCAAACACAUCAGCUGCUGCUGCUGCUGCUGCUGCUGCUCCUCCAGCUUUGCCAGCCAGAAUGCAGAACGAAGACGGCACAAACAAUCCACCUCCACCCUACCCUCCAGCAACGCAAACACAGCACGCUUAUCCAACAAGUCAAGGCUCAUCGUCCCACAUCGAAUUUUCCCGCUUCACACACCAAGACAAGCAAGCCUUCUUCAGCCUUCUCGACGAAUACUUUGACCAACGAGAGCGUGGUCUGCGCUAA